UAUAACUUUGUAAAUACAAAAAUAUUACGUACAUUUGUAUCAAAACAAUCUAACACUUCGACGAUGAAAGUGAUUUUAUUUUAAAUAAUCUCUAAGUUAUCUGUGCUUGUAGUGUUUUUAAGAUGAGGUUAGUAACUCUUUCUUUGUUUAUUAUUGCAAAUUUAAGCAAUAAUAGUAAAGCAUCUCUGGAAAGUUUUUUGCCGAGCAAUGAUAAUAUCUUUCUAACGGACACCACCAAAAGUUCCGACAAAUCGUGUAACCGACCUUGUAAAUUCAACGUGAAACCUCGAAGGUGUCAUUAUGAUUUCGAAAUUAGACCGGCGUUUGGAGAAGAUGAAAAGCCAGCACUUACUAUCAAUGGUCAAACCCCAGGACCAUCAAUCCAUGUCUGUUUACAUGACAUCAUUGUAGUUAAAGUCACGAACAAAAUACCCAGUCAAGAUAUAACGAUGCAUUGGCAUGGAAUCCAACAAAGAGGAACUCCGUAUAUGGAUGGAGUACCAAUGAUAACACAGUGUCCAAUAUCGUAUGGAUCUGUUUACGAAUAUGCAUUUGCUGCUUCGUCUCCUGGAACGUUCUUUUAUCAUUCUGAUUCAGUUUUACAUCAGAGCGAUGGUGUUUACGGAGCUCUUAUAGUCGACCAACCACAACCUUUAGAACCUCAUGCUGGACUAUACGAUUAUGAUAGAAGUGAUGAACAUACCCUAAUCAUUGGCGCUAGAUUUCCGGAAUUAUUGACAGCAAGACUUGAAGACGCAAAUCAGAUACGACCUGAUAGUAUACUGGUUAAUGGAGAUGAAGUUAGCACAAAGAUAUUUGUGAUACCAGGCUACGGAUACCGGUUACGUUUGAUCAACGCAAUCGCUUUAGAAUGUCCUCUAGUAAUUCACGUUUCUCGGCAUGUGAUGACCGUCAUAGAGACCGAUGGGAAAUCCGUUCAGCCAGCUAUGACGACCGCUGUUAAACUGUAUCCAGGAGAGCGAAUGGAUGUAGUCGUUAAAGCGGAUCAACAAAGUGGUGGCUACUGGAUUGGCGUCACCGGUGAGGGAUACUGUGAAGGAUUAAAAGCACACGCCAUGCUUUUGUAUUCUGGAUUUAACUACACUUCUAUGCUAACUCAAGAACCGAACAUGGACUCAGAUUCUGAAUUAGAAACGAGAGAGACGAUCAGCAGUCAACAAUUGCAAUCGUAUCGAGAUGUACCUUCUGUUAACAGCGUUAAAUCGAUUUAUCUAGGAAUUGAUAAAACACAUCCAAAGUUCAAGGACAACGAUAUUGAUUUUCGUUACAUAAGCGAUGCUGUGCCAAAAAAGCCUUUUAUACCAGCAGUGCUAUCGUCACAAGAUAAUGUUAUUCAGAUAAACGGUAAAAAUUUUCUAUACCCUAAUGCGCCGUAUUUACUAAAACCACGAGAUGUUCGUCCAGAAACCGUCUGUCUUGUUGGAGAGGAAGCAAAUAACAAGCAACCUCAAUGUGUACUGGUUUUAAAUGCCAAACUAAACGAAGUUGUGGAACUGGUCUUAGCAAAUGAAGGUCUCAGAACUAACGAUUCUUAUACCUUUCACAUGCACGGUUAUGGUAUGCAAGUGGUUACAACCUGGAAAAGUCCUGACAAUAAACCUAUAACCAAAGAGGGGGUUCAAAGAUUGGAACGCGAUGGAUUAAUUACAAGAAACUUAAAGAAUCCGCCAAUGAAGGACACUGUUAUGGUCCCAAAUAAGGGAUUUACGAUUGUGAGAUUUACGCCAACGGUUGGUGGAAGUUGGCUUCUGGAGUGUAGGUCAUGUUCUUUCUCUUUACCAGUUGCUAUUAUCAUAAGCGUACCUCUGUCUAUCCCAAAACUGGUUCUUGAUUCAUUACCGAGCUGUGGUAACUACAGACCAGCUGAUGUAUUACUUAAUUGAUUGAAAUUAUUGAAAGAUCGUCUUAAAACGACUUUGAAAAUGUACAUAAUACUAGCAGACUAAGUCGAAAUAUAUUUAAUUAAGAUGUAUAUAACUAAGUGUAAUUAAGUUUAUUUAUUUGUGGGCUGUGUCCGUGAUAGUGAACUAAUGGACAUUGAAUACGGAGGUGUAUUUGCGUUUGUAGGUAGUUUUCGCGUUUACAGACUAAAAAGUAUGUUCUGCAGGUUGAAAACGAAUAAAACGAAAAGUAUUUCACAGAGAGAAAGAAAUUUUAAUGACUAUGUCAUGCAGGUUUAAAGCGAAUAAAACAAAAAAUUAUUCCAUAUAUUUAUGUUUUUCAAAAUAAUUAUUGUGCUGGGUUGUCAUGACUAUGUUAUUAAAGUAUUGUCGUAAGGUUUAUAAAUUGUAAUCAAUACACUUCGAAAAACAAUAUCUGUUAAUAAACUCACUCAGAACACGAUCAAGAAUUGUCAAACUCAAGCGAUAUGCGACGAUAAACGAUUAUAAUAAUUUUAAUACGUCACGCAUUAAAAUAAUAUAUCACUGUAAGACGGUUUGCAACAUUUGAUUUCUUACAUAAUAUCACUGCUUAAAUCUAUUAGCACCUGACGUGACGUCUUGUCAUAUAACUGCUAUAAUUGCUCGAAUUACUCUCUUGAGAUUGGCGAGAGUGUGGUGUGGAUGAUAACUUAGUGAAUUAAUUGUCCCAUUCUCAUUAAAAUCUGUCACAACUUUGUUAUUACUUAAUUUUCUCUAAUGUUAUAAAAAAUUACAAUUGCAAAAAAAAACAUUUUUAUAAUUGUUUAGUCUGAGAAAUUUGUUGUAAAAUAUAAGUCAAUUAAAAACUUAUUAUCGGAGUGCAACGGUAUUUAUUGUUUAGAAGAUAAGGAAGAUGAACUGCGAAGACAAUAAAAAGUAUUAGUUUUUAGAAAUUGU